AUGGCAAGCCUCCGAAAAACCCACCCACUCCUAAAAAUCGCUAACGAUGCUCUCGUUGACCUGCCCGCUCCAUCAAACAUCUCAGUAUGAUGAAACUUUGGCUCUCUUCUCGGGCUAUGUUUGAUUGCCCAAAUCCUUACAGGCCUUUUCUUAGCCAUGCAUUACACCGCCGACAUUAACACGGCCUUCUCGUCCGUAGCCCACAUUACCCGAGAUGUUAAUUACGGAUGGUUAAUCCGGGAUAUGCACGCCAACGGCGCAUCUUUCUUCUUCAUCUGCAUCUACGCACACAUCGGCCGAGGCCUCUACUACGGCUCUUACCUCUAUAAAGAGACCUGAAAUGUCGGAGUCGUCCUCUUACUUCUUGUAAUAAUAACUGCCUUCGUCGGGUACGUCCUACCCUGAGGACAAAUAUCAUUUUGAGGCGCAACCGUAAUUACCAACCUCCUCUCAGCAGUGCCAUAUGUCGGAAACACCCUUGUACAGUGAAUUUGAGGGGGCUUCUCAGUAGACAACGCUACCCUCACCCGUUUCUUUGCCUUCCACUUCCUUUUCCCGUUUGUGAUCGCAGGGGCUACUAUGGUACACCUAUUGUUCCUCCAUCAAACCGGGUCAAAUAACCCCCUUGGACUUAACUCAACUGGUGACAAGAUCCCCUUCCACCCAUACUUUUCUUACAAAGAUCUUUUAGGGUUUGCUACUCUCCUAGUCGCACUCGCCACAAUUGCACUUUUUACCCCCAACCUCCUAGGAGACCCCGACAAUUUCACCCCCGCUAACCCCCUAGUAACUCCCCCUCAUAUCAAGCCCGAAUGAUACUUCUUGUUUGCUUACGCAAUCUUGCGCUCCAUCCCCGACAAACUUGGAGGCGUACUAGCCCUCCUUGCCUCCAUUCUGGUCCUCUUGGUUGUUCCAUUCCUCCACACGUGUAAACUACGCAGCUUAACCUUUCGUCCCCUCUCCCAAUUCCUCUUCUGAACUCUAAUCGCAAACGUCGCUAUCCUCACCUGAAUCGGUGGCAUGCCAGUCGAAGACCCCUAUAUCAUUAUUGGCCAAAUCGCAUCCGUCCUAUACUUCUCCAUCUUCCUCAUUUUCUUCCCCCUCGCAGGCUGAUUAGAGAACAAGGCCCUAGGCUUGACAUGCAUUAGUAGCUCAGCGCCAGAGCGCCGGUCUUGUAAACCGGAGGUCGGAGGUUAA